AUGCCUGACUCAACCUUUGCCGCCGCACUCGAGGUUGUCGACUCGGCGACCGCCUGCGGCCUCGACCAGGGUGCUCAGGGCCUCGCAGGAAGUCCCGACGGGCUGACUGACAGGCUCGACGAGCUGCUCCUAAAGGAGAUUGAAGACACCGUCUCCGUCGGCGAAACUUUGAGCGAGCGUGAGAACGUUGGUGGAAUCUCGGCGAGCAGCUCGAAGGACAGUCUCCCGGAAGGCAAAGAUUGUGUCGUCGAAAGUCUCCCGGAGUCCGUUGGCCUUCCAGGAGGCACGACUCGCAGCCAUGCCGAGAGGCUCCGCAUGCAGCCGGUGAGCCUGUUGCUGCGCUGGAGUGGCUGUCUGCUGGGUCAGACCGCGAUCGGACUCGUCAUCCUAGCAGCCACUUACUCGGUCAUCAUCAAAGUGGCUGUCGACGAGGCGCGCGAGCGGCGAUCAGCAGAGCGCGAGUUCGGCUCGGGAGAGAGCGACGCCCACUGGACUGGCGACGCGCGGUCGACAGUCUUGCUGCUCCUCCGGCCGUCGUAUGCGCUGCUUCUCGCACGCGUGACGUCGGCCUUGAUGGUGGGCGUCGCCAAACGUGCCCCCUGUGGCGACUGGGAGUACAUCCCUCUGCCCGCCUUCGGGGUACUUCUUCUGCACCACGCUCUUGCCAGCCUGUGGGCCCUUGCUGCUGUGCUUUACCCGGCUGGGUGCGCGAUCGGACUGCUCAUCGAUCGGGACGCUUGGGUGGACCUCUAUCUACUGCACCGGUUUAUACCCGUCAUGCUUUGGACCAUGGGCUGCGGCCUCGUGUUUCUCUCCACCGACGUCGGCUUGGCUGUCUGGCAAAAGACGCUGUCAGUCAAGCAUUACAAGGAGCGUGCUGCGACGGCGCAGCACCACCAACGG